AUGUCUGAAUCUGAUAUCCUUUACCGCUCAAAACGGUCUGUCAAAGUUGGUCAAUUGGAAAGGUAUGUCAUCACGUACGAGCCCGAAGAGCAAGAAAUAUCAAAACUGUCAUUGAAAUCAUUAUGGUUGAAAGUGAGGAACAUUGAAAGCCUCCCCAUGAGAGCUGCCUUCUUGAUGGGUCCAUACAUACUAUACGUUGAUGUUAGAACUGAAGAUUACCAUCAUAGCAAGUCCACGUUUGUCACAGCCGACCAGCCCAAGUAUGAACCGAAUUUGAGUCCAGGUCAGAGUUUCAAUGCUGAGUUAUCGCUACACAAUAUCAAGAAGAAAUACGUGUGGAUAGUGGAUGUGGUGAGUCAAAUUUUGUUUAAUGCAUCUACAGAUGUUGGGUUUGAAUUGCUUAUAGGGCGCAAUCUGGAUUCCUUGAGUUUGAAAUGUGAAAAAUUAGGAAGCUUCAAUAGCCAGUUGACUGUUAAUAGAAAAGAUACGCUUGAUUUGUGGAAUUUACCAAGACCAAUGCCCAAUAAAGAUAUUCAUUUGGUUGUUUUGACACACGGAUUGCAUAGUAAUGUUGAAGCAGAUAUGUAUUACAUCAAGGAACAGCUCGAUAAAAAUGCAGAAGUCACUGGUGAAAAUUUAUUGGUCAAAGGGUUCCCAGGUAACACAUGCAAAACUGAAAAAGGUGUGAAAUAUUUGGGGAGUAGAGUUGCUGAAUACAUUGUCAAUGAACUAUAUACUGAGGAUGUUAAAAAGAUCUCAUUUGUCGGCCAUUCACUUGGUGGUUUAGUUCAAACAUUUGCCAUAGCUUAUAUUGAAAUGAAUUUCCCAUGGUUCUUCGAAAAAGUUACUCCUGUGAAUUUUAUAACUUUAGCUGCUCCAUUAUUAGGUAUAGUGACUGAUAAUCCUGCUUAUAUUAAGGCUGCAUUAAGCGUUGGUAUUGUCGGGAAGACUGGUCAAGAUUUAGGACUUCAGGUGACACAGGGGAAGGAACCGCUUUUGAAAUUGUUACCAACCGGUCCAACACAUAAAAUUUUGAAAAAGUUUCAUAAUAGAACUGUUUAUGCAAACUCAGUAAAUGAUGGUAUUGUUCCACUAUAUACAUCUGCUUUGCUAUAUUUGGACUGGAAGGGAUUGACAAAAGUUGCUAAUGCCCAACGGACUUUUAUCAACCCAUUUCAAAAAGCAAUGAGUUUAUUAGCACCAAAUGCUCAGGCUAUGAAAAGUUUCCCCAAGACUUCGAUGAUCGAGUCAGCUGCGUCAUUGUUAUUACCACCACUACCUCCAUUGAAAUAUAUAAUUGAUCCAGGAUCAAGACCAAAUGUUAUAAUUCAUGAUCGUGUCUAUACUGAAGCUGAUAUUCCACCCAAAAUUAAAAGAAAGAAGACAUUCAUGCAAACUUUAGACCCCAAUACGAAAUUUGAAGAAUUGGAGGAAGACAUAGCGAGAGAGUGGCAUAAUGGGAUGAGUUGGAGAAAAGUUUUGGUUCAUUUACAACCUGAUUCUCAUAAUAACAUCGUUGUUCGAAGAAGAUUUGCAAAUGCUUAUGGUUGGAAUGUAAUUGAUCAUCUUGUUGAAAAUCAUUUUACUGAAACUGAACUGGAUCUUGUUAAUAAUUCAGAAGGUGAUGAGUUGAAGUCUUUAUUAGAUCGUAAUGACAUUCAAAAAGAUAACAAAGAAAUUGAUUUAUCUGAUAUGAAAAUGUCUAAAGAUACAUUAAGUCCAGAUCACGAAUGGGUCAAUUCUAAAAAUGAGGAAAGUUUUUUCGAUGCUGGUGCCACUGGGUUCAUUACAAAUUUCAAUGAAAUGUUUGAAAAUUUCAAGAAUUGGAAUAUGGGGAUUGGUGCAUUAGGUGUUGAUUCAACUGUUAGCGAUGAACAAAACCUAGUUGAUAGAACAACCAAAGAAGAUUUCGAUCCAGUGAUGGAGAACUACUAUUAA